UUUAUUAAUUGAUAUUUUAUAUAAUUAUUUUAGCCACAAAUGCUAUCUUCUUUUUCGAGGCGUCCAAUCUGUUUAAUUUUUAAUGGUAUAACAAAAACAUGAAGUUUACAGCAAAGGCUGAAAUUAUCUAGCAGGAUAAUCAAUUUCAAACCUCUCCGAACACCUUUUCUGAGCCUCCAUUCAAACAUUAGCAUGAAUUACUUCAGCACAAACAUCCACGAAGGUUUAAAAGACUUUAUCGAGUUCGAAGAAGCAAGAGCAGCACCCCAUGAAUUUUACAGAGACUUUGUUGUCAACAGGAAGAAGGAUUAUUUAACUCUUAGUGCUGAAGAAAGUGUUUUGAAGAAUAAAAACGUACAGCAUUUGAUCAAAGAUAUGGUUGAGUCAGAAUCUCUUUCAGAAUUUUUAGAGAUCAUUGAUACUGCACCGAGUGAACUUCUUUAUUCCUUAAUUUUGGAAGAGAUUCACCAACACCCGCAAUCAAACAACCUGUUAAGAUUUUUAAAAUAAUGGGAAGAAAGGAAAGAUUGGCCCUUCAGAUAAGGACUUGCUUACUAAAUUGUUUGUUUUGCCAGAUAAAACAUCCAAAAAUCCUUGAUUCAAGGUUGAGAAACAAAUAAUAGAACUAUGGGGACUAACCAAAGACGAUAUAACUUACAAAAAUUUUAACAUAGAAGUUGGAGUGUUUAUAAAGAACACUGUGGAGAAUAUUGAUUCAAUACAAGAACUCAUACAGUUUAAGAAAAUAUUAUCAUUCUCAAAAUACUUUGAGAUAUAUACUUGGGAUGCAGGAUUCAAAAAACUGAAACAACUCUUUAAUGACUCUCAACACGAUUUAUCCUUUGAUGAAAGAUAUCUUCUACUUGAUAUUUGGUGUAGAUUUAUCAAUGAAGUGAAACACCCUUCAUUUUUCAAGCAUUAUAAUGAAGUAGCAAAUAUGAUAUUUCUUCAACUAUUUCAAAAACUGUCAACAAGUAACACGACAAGUGAGAAUAUAUUGCAAGGCUACUCACAAGCUCAUUUCGAUAGUUAUAUCAAACUAUCCCCUCCUUCUCUGUGGGAGAUAGUCCAAUGAUUUAGUAACCAUUAUCCCAUAAUUUUGGAAUUAUGCAAUCAGUCAGGGGCUAUCGAUGACUUUGACAUAUUUGUUAACCAGAUCAUUGAUCUUUCUAAACUCCAAUCCAAAAACUUGCCUGAUUUUGCAGAGUGGAUGCAUAAAGUCCCUCCUGAAAUUUGAAAGCAUGUUGAUCCUCAGUUGCUCAUCAAUAAAGUUACUUACAAAAGAAAGAAGAAUGGAAUUGAAUACUUAGAAAUAAACCAGCAGUUAGGAAAUGCAAAUCUCCAAAAGUUAGUAGUUGUUUUAGAUAAAUUCCUACAAUACUAUAUGAAAUCUGAUGUGGAAUAUAAUGACUACUACAAAGGAAUUGGUUUGUCCAAUUUCCCUGGAGAUAAAGACACAGACGUAUUCAAAGAAAACCUCACAUACUCAGAAGUAUUACAGGAUGCAUUUAAGUUCUGACUUCACAAAAAGAAAGAAAUUUUAAGUAAGAACAAAGGAAGUUUAAGGAUGAAAUGAGACGAACUCAUCUCUUUCGAAUCCUUGAUUUUUCAAAUUCUCAGAGAUCAGCACUUAAAUAGAGAGAAGAAUAAUUCUAAAACGAAGGAAUAUACUGAAAUAUUCCCACUGUUUUGUGAUAACUUCACAACACAUUAUGAUAGUUAUAGAAUUAAUGAAGACGUUGAUGGAAUUAUCAAAUUUAUAUAUUGCUCUCCAUCAAUGAACCUUAGAGAGGCUAGAAGAAAACUUGCUACCCAAGUGUUGCCAAGGAAUAUGAAUUUUAUCAACUCUUUAUUUGUUAAGAGAACUAUUAGAUCUCAAGACUUGGAAAUGAGCAAUGUAUCCUCAGAGCAUCUUUUGGCAUCUCAAUAUAACACGAGAAAUGAAUUAACAUUUGAUGAAAAUCAAAUGUUUAAUUUAAUACAAAAUAUUUACUUCUCAGUUCCUGAUCAAGGGAAUCAAAGAGAAAGAGUGCUUGGCAUUCUAGAGGACAAACUAACAAAUAAAUUUGAAUUCCUUCCAAUUGAGCUUAUAAUAAAGAUUCUACAGAAGAUAACUCAUUAUGAGGAGAAUGUGAGCUAUGAUACACUUGAGAGCAUAGAGAAACAAUUUACGAAAGGAAAAAUUACUUCUCUAUAUCCCAACCAGAUUGCAGAAUUAUUCAAAGUUUAUGCUAAGUCCAUAUGGGAAAUUCCAAUGCUCUGGAACUUUUUGGUAACCUUCUUCAACACAAGUCUUGAGAAAGGCAAGUUCGAAUUAUAUCCAGAAGACUUAGCAGAUAUAAUUAUUAUUCUUGCUAAAAAGGAUGAAAUUCCAAAUGAAAAGAUCCUCACACUUGCAAAAAUAGGCCUAAACAUACACUUUGAUGACCUUGACAAGAUAUUAGAUAAUACAAUUAAAAUGAUUCAGCAGAAGAAGAGGAGACAUCUCAUUUUAUCCCCAGAAGAUGUCACAGUGAUUGGCCAUAUCAUUCAUAAAAUGAAAACAAUUAACACAAAGAAGGCCAUUUCUCUUAUUGACCACCAAAAUUCAAAUCUAGAAACUGAGUAUCAAAAUGAUAGUUCUAGUCCCAAAAUGAGGGAAACAGUAAAGACUAACAAAAUUAAGAGAAUAAUCCAAGGCUACCUUACUAAAUUCAGAUGGGUUGAAGACGAAUUUGGAUAUGACGAGGCACACAAAAUUAAACAAAACUUGUCAAAUAUCAACAACCAACUUAAGAAAACCAAUGUUCGCAAGAGACCUAGAAGAAGACAAUCUUCCCGUAGAAGAAGAAAUUAAAUGCGCCUGAUUCUUCCAAUUCUAAUCUAAGAAUAUUGAAGAUCUCAAUC